AUGUCAUUGUUUUGGGUUGUAGUUCGUCAGCUAGCAGAAGUUGAGGCAAUGGCGGCAUCAAAGAAAGUGAUUCCAAGGGAAGAGUGGGAGAGGAAGCUGAAUAAUGUCAAGGUUAGGAAAGAAGACAUGAAUAAGUUGGUAAUGAAUUUCCUUGUCACUGAGGGUUUCGUGGAAGCUGCUGAGAAAUUCCGCAAGGAGUCUGGAACUGAGCCUGACAUUGAACUUGCUACAAUCACUGAUCGGAUGGCUGUUAAGAAGGCGGUACAAAGUGGUAACGUUGAAGAUGCAAUUGAGAAAGUCAAUGACUUAAAUCCCGAGAUACUGGACACAAACCCCCAAUUAUUUUUCCAUCUUCAGCAGCAGCGGCUGAUAGAACUAAUCCGGAAUGGAAAAGUAGACGAAGCUUUAGAGUUUGCACAGGAGGAGCUUGCACCAAGGGGAGAGGAAAAUCAAAGCUUUUUGGAAGAAUUGGAGAGGACUGUUGCACUGCUUGCCUUUGAAGACUUCUCAAACUGUCCUGUUGGAGAGCUUCUUGACAUAUCACAGCGUCUAAAAACAGCAAGUGAGGUGAAUGCAGCUAUACUUACAAGCCAGAGUCAUGAAAAAGACCCAAAACUUCCAAGCUUGUUGAAGAUGUUGAUAUGGGCCCAAAACCAGCUGGGCGAGAAAGCUUUGUUUCCUCGCAUAAAUGAUAUAUCCACGGCUGUCUUAGAAGAUCCUGCUUAA